AUGGCGGAGCCCCAGCAGCGGAAAGAAAGAGGAUAUUCAAAGUCAGGAUUUGAAAGAGGCGACCCUGAGUCUACAUUUAGGUUUCACCUAACAUUCGCCAAGGAAGCAGCAAAGGAAGCCAGAAAAAACGGUUCACCCUCGGAAUUCACGCGGUGUCUGUCUCAUGCUAAGGUUGCACUGAAUUUGGCAAAGAAGAUCCAACGCCCCGACCUUGAACAGGAGGCGCAGCUGGCCAGUAUCGAUUUCCUGGAAAUCGCGGGUAGACGACGAGAGGCCAUGGAGGCUAGAAUCAUCGCUGCCGCUAUGGUAGAUAACUUGGAAGUAAAGUUCGAGUCACUGCCGGGCAUGGAUGAAAGACGUGUCACCUCUGUAGAUGGCGUUCCCAUUGAUGAGGUCAUUCAGCUAUUGGAAGAUGACCAGCAUGAGCAAUCUCCUUCAUCUUCUGGUCAGGAGCAGACUCUCGCCGCGGAAGACCCACACGGGUCUGAUAAAGGUGAAGUUGUGCCCACAUCUGGACCCCAAAAGCGGCAAGGCCUUCCAACAGUGGUCCUAGAGGGUCGUCAGAUUAGAGAUAUCCAGGGCAGACUCGCCACUGUUUUGACCGAUGCGCCCAAACUACGACGCAAACCCAAGUUCAAGGAAUAA